UGGAAAAUUGAAUGAACUGGAGCAUGCAAAUGGAGAUAAAGAGAAUUUAUCAUCAUUUUGUUCCCAACCUGAAACCAUGUGAUGAAGCCCUUUGUGAUCAAUUUGGUUUCAAAAUUCAAUAGAUUAUGGUUCUGCGAGAAGGAAGGAAUAUAUUUGAUAAUAACCAAACAAGUAGAGGAAGACAGAGAGAGUGAGGCUGAUGCCGAUGUUCCACCCAUCGACUCGAUGGACUCUCUCCAUCUCUCCUCGCUCUUUCACCACCGCCAUUACUGCCCUCUCCUCCUCCUCCUCCUCCUCUUCGUCACCAUCAUCAUCAUCGAGCCAUCACGAGCCAUGGUGUGGUCUCCAUGAUUGGAGAAAUAGCCCUCUCAAUGAGCUCCGCUCCUGGGGUCCCACCGGUCCCCUCCUCCCCUCCACCUCUCCUUCCUUGGACUUCUCCCUCGCCGUCUCCCACGCUUCUUCACUCGCCGAUCUCGGCGCCCUCGUUCUCUCCACCGCCGACCCUCUCGCCAAAUCCCAUCUCUCCCAUUUGGCUUUCUCCCGUUGGCGCCUCGGUAAUCUCCCUAUCGGCUCCCUCUCUCUCCUCCCUUCUUCUCCCGCUCGCCCUCCCAAACCCCUCCUGGUCUCGACCAAGGAAGUCCCGGCUCCAAAGGACUCAGGCCUUCCUUUCAAUGCUCAUAUGCUUCAUAACCUCGCUCAUGUGGAGCUCAACGCCAUUGAUUUGGCUUGGGACACUGUGGCUCGCUUCUCUCCCUUCUGUCACAUCCUCGGUGAAGGCUUUUUCGAUGACUUUGCCCAUGUUGCUGAUGACGAGAGUCGCCAUUUCUUGUGGUGUUCGCAGAGACUUGCCGAGCUUGGUUUCAAGUAUGGAGAUAUGCCAGCUAAUAAUCUGCUAAUGCGGGAAUGCGAGAAAUCAUCGGAUAAUGUGGCAGGGCGCUUGGCUGUUAUCCCCCUUGUACAGGAAGCGAGAGGGCUUGACGCCGGACCUCGCUUGGUAAAAAGGCUGAUGGGAUUUGGAGAUCAUAGGACUUCCAAAAUCGUGGCUAAGAUUGCUGACGAAGAAGUUGCUCAUGUCGCUGUCGGUUUACACUGGUUUCUCUCCGUUUGCCAAAAGAUGGACCGUCCUCCUUGCUCGACAUUUAAAGAUCUGAUUAAGGAGUAUGGCGUUGAGUUGAAGGGCCCUUUUAAUCACUCUGCUCGGGAUAAAGCUGGCAUCCCACGAAACUGGUAUGAUUCAUCAUAUGAAGCUAGAGAGGACAAAAAAAGCAAAGAUGAAGGCCAGAGAGAGCAACUUUCUGAGGUUUAUGAUAGGCUGACUCAUAUUAUCUCCAUGGAGAGUGAGAAUUCUACGCUUCAAAAGCUUCCCAAGUAAAGUGAUGAAACUCAUGAUCCAACCAGCUUGAAACAUCAUCAGAUAUGAUACAUCCACAUGUGUCUAUGAUGGUUCUCCCUUUCCAACAUGUAUAAAAGCCCAAAUUCAAUGAACUCUUAACUCAUUAUUGUGGGAACCCUUUAACGGGUCCUUAGAUUAUUUGUUAUUUACAAAGUCCAACUUAUGUGA